AUGGACACGACCAAAUGGUUCAACCUGCCCGGCGACAAAGAAGCCUACAUCCAAGACAUCAAGCUGCGCUGGGUCGACGAUGCGAACCUGUCCAUCCCCUGGGUGAACUUCUACCUCCGCUCCGCCGCGAACUGGGACUUCUUCGCCCUCACCUUCCCGGACCAAGCCUGGAUCCUCAGGCAGAUCCAACUCAUCGACUGGCACAUCGAAGAGAGCCUGGGCGCGCUCGAGAAAUUGAUGCCGCGCAGCUGUAAGCCGCAGUCGUGGGUUGAAUUGAGCAACGAUCACCAUCACAAGGGCCGUGAUUUUGUGGCGUCGACCGUGUUUGCGUACUAUCGGAACCCGGCGGCGAUGACGUUGCAUCAGCAGGCGGUGAUGCUGCACUAUGCCAAGUAUUUGGACUUUGAGCGGUGGGAUGAGUCCGAGAGUGACCGGAUGAGGAUGCAGACUUUUGAGCGGUGGGAUGAGCCCGAGAGUGACCGGAUGAGGAUGCAGAGUGACCGGAUGAGGAUGCAGACUUUUAAUGCGGCCUGUGUGGAACUUGUUGAGGGGGCAUGUUUGAAGGAUCGCGCGAGGCUGGUGGAGGAGUUGCUUUCGGCGGAGAAUACGGCGGCGUUGUUGAGUGUGCAGCCGGCUACGGAUAUGCCGAUCUGGAUUGUGAGGCGGGAGGUGGUAAAGAAGGGGCUCAUGAUCAAGAAGGCCAUGCAGCAGAUGCGUGAUGCGCUUAAGCUUGAAGAGGAGGAGGAGGAGGAGGAGGAGGGGGGGAAGGAGGGGGGGAAGAAGGAGAAGGAGAAGGAGAAGGAUAGCAGAGAGGACGAUAUCAAGACGCGGGUCUUGACUGAUCUGGAUGGCAAGAAGGGCACAUUCCGAGUUUACGAUUCGGAAUCUGACGACAGAUGUCCUACACCACGGAAUGUCGCUGCCCCAAUGGAUGCUGAUGAAUCUCGACGCGACCUUCCAGUUCUCGGCUGUUCUAACUGUGGCACGAUUCUGGAGACGAAUGCCAAUGAAACCGAAGGCGAUUGGGCAAGCCUCAUGGAGGAAGAUGACUCACACAGUUGUUAG